AUGAGGCAGUAUCUAACUGCAAUCAAGGAAGAAACGUGUCCACUGAUUUAAGAGGUGCCAGCGAUCUUAUUAGCUGUCCCAAUGGGGUUUUCCCUAAGUAAAUCCGCUACUCAGGUUUCUGCUUUGCAUAUGGAUUCAAAAGUGGGUGAUCAAUUAAUGCAAAGGACAGAGAAAAGCAAAUUGGAGCCCGUGACUCAGUUAUUUCAAAACACCAAGAAAAUAAGAUUAGCAGACGCAAAUCAAGAAGCCUUUACAAGGAGCAAAGACACUGGCACAGGAUAUCUUUCAGAGAAAGCCUUGGGUCCAGUGAUGUGUGUUAAAGAAAGUGAUGGGAUAGAAAUGACAGAUGUUGAAUGA